AUGGACAAAGUAGCAAACAUCGACACAGAGGACUUGGACGACUACGAGACUGACGUGGCCAAUGAUCUGAGUCGCACCGCACACAACCAGCUCUUCCGCCUCUUCUGCGCCUACGACUUCACCAAUGACCACGAGUUCCAAUACGGACUCGAUGCUGUGUUGAAGGAUGUACCGGAAGAGGACCAGGAUACCGUCGAGGAAGAGGCGAAAGUUUGGUUCUUUAGCAAGAAGUUUACUCCGAUCGAUAUCGAGGCGUAUCGAUUAUGGAAGAAGGAACAGAGCCCACAAGCUGUGCCGACCUCGCCGCCGCUACAAGUAGUUUCAAGUCCAGAGAUUCAAGAGCCAAAAGCAACAUCUCCAUCAGAAGCUCCGAUCGAUCUGCAGCCGGCAUCGGAGGUGUUGCAGGGCGUCGACAAGCUCGAGCAAGACUCAAAUGAGCCUACGCCUUACCCGUCAAAGUUUGCUGAGAUAGCCGAGUUGAUCAGAAGUGGCAAGGAAAUACCUGGCAUCAAACAGAUUCCAGAUCGUCUUACGGAAGAACAGCCGUCGGAAAGCAAUCAGGGUGCAAGGAAGAAGCCGUGGGAACAAUAG